GUCAGGGCAAGGCUCAGAGCCACUGAGAGAUAGUGUGAGGGCUGCACUGGGGAGUACCUGCCCAGGGAAUACAAUAGGUUUUCAGCCCAUUAAGUUGGAUAAACAAAUGGCUGUGUGGCUGUGUGUAGGAGAUGCUGAGAGUCAUGGAAAUCCGCAGGAAAACACUGGAAAAUCGAUAACUCUAAAGUGGAGGAGCAUUAAUGGGACGCCAUGAAAUGCGCUAGAAGAUGCCGACAGCUUGCUUAAGUGCAACCCUUGCCCGGCACUGUACGGAUGUGGAGGACCAGUGGUGGGUCAGAGACAGUUAAGGAAGAUGGGUAAUGUCAUGCGAGGUAUCAUCGCCUUAAUUCCCUCGGAGCGCUGUCAACGCUUCUUAGUGGGGGACCUGAGGGAGAUGCCUCUUGAUCGGACCCUGGACCUGAGCAGCCGGCAGUUGCGUCGGCUACCUGUUGCUGCCUGUGUCUUUGACGAGCUGGUGAAGCUCUAUCUGAGUGACAACAACCUCAGCACUUUACCUGCUGACCUGCAGAGGCUGAGGAAGCUGCAGCUGCUGGCCCUCGACUUCAACUGCUUUGAAGAGCUCCCAGCGGCUGUCUGCAGACUGCCCCAGCUCAACAUCCUCUACCUAGGCAACAACAGGCUUUACCACCUCCCCAGUGAACUGGGAGAGCUCAAGGAACUUAAUACUCUGUGGCUGGAGACUAACUGCUUCAGUGUUUUCCCUGAGGUGGUUUGUGAGCUCUCCAAUCUCAAGACGCUGCACCUGGGUUAUAACCAGAUACAGAGUUUACCGAUGGAACUCGGACGACUGGAAGAGCUAAGAAGCAUCUGGCUCGCUGGGAACCAGCUGCCGGAGUUCCCGCCAGUGUUGCUGGAAAUGCACUUUCUAGCUGUCAUUGAUGUGGACCGGAACAAAAUACGCCGCUUCCCAGGCCUGUCUCACAUGCAGGGGUUGAAACUUGUCAUUUAUGACCACAACCCCUGUGUUAACGCCCCAGUGGUAGGCGAGGGAGUCAAGAGGGUCGGACGCUGGGCCGAUAGCCCGGAUGAUGAGAAGGAAAAAGAAGGGUCAAAAGCAGCAAGUGAGACGACAGCCGCGGUCGUGGAAGUACAACCCGAGGAGGAGCACAACAUUUAGGGCCAAGGAAAAACUUGGCGGGGCGGCUGCCAGCGCAGGAUGACAUUCAAGUGGUAUACUUACAGCAAAGGGGUGUGUUGUAGGGAAAUGGUCUUUGGUCUAUAUAUAGUAAAGCCACCCAUAUGAGAUAAAUGUCAGUGUCUUAUUAGAUUUUGUAAAACUGUAUUUGGCUUUAUAUCUGAUUGGUAUAAACAACAGUGAAGUUGUAAAUUGCUCUUAGUUUUUCACAAAAUAUCAUAUAUUAUUUGUCACAAAGGUUUUUACUAUUGCAUCUUCCAGUCCAAAACACCUACACUGGGAAUUUUAAAAUUAGUAGCCGCAGCGCUUGCAAGUAGUGGUGUGUUUGCAGGACAGUAAUAGAUGGCAUUCAUAGGCACAGAGUUUUUGCUGGUUAUUCUGUGCGUUAUCUGAUUUGUUCAGUUUCAGAUAUCCCUGAUUCAGAUGCACAAUACAUAAUACUCAAUUUGAUCAUAAUCAAACAACAGGCAUGUGAUGGCCCCCAAUCCAAAGGUUAUGUGCACAAGUUCUUACUUUAUACUGUGGAGAUAAGAAAGAGGAGAGAUCCUUGUUCCAGUCUGAUAUAUUAUCUGUACCUGCUGAGGCUUAAUGUGAGGUUUUUAAUACAAGUGAUGGAUGGUUUGAAUCAAUUAGAGCACUCCUUAUCCAGACCGAUGCAUAAUUCAUCUGACAGAUUGGGGCUGUGGCUUUGAAAAAAGGCUGCGAGUGGGCCGUAAUAUCGUUGCCAUAAGGUUCUGGUUUGGAACAGAUUAUAAAUGCAGCUUUCUAAUGCCGCAAAGUACCAGGAAAAUGUUCUGUAAACAAGAUUAAAUGUCACUGCCCAGUAUAUCAUUUUGCACAUUUUGAAUCUUUUUUAACAAAACGUUGAGAAAAAAGAUUUUAAAUAGGCUGCAUAUCAGCUAUUUUACUGUAAAUAUGAUAUUUUCUAAUAGUGUGCACACGGAACUACUGUAUUUUCUGCUUUCAUUCAACUUCCAAUUAAAAACAACUACUUUGCUGUCUGUUGGAAUGAGUCUUCAGGUUCCAUGUAUAAAGAAAUCUUUCCGUUUCAUAAUUCAAAUUCCAUUUUCCACGUCAAACAUAAACUCCUUGAUCUUGUAAGAGGCCCUCGUCAGGAGCUGAGGGGCCUCCUGUUUCUCUUGAUCAUCAUUUCUACUACUUCACUGGAGUCCACCCGUGGAAAAUUGAUUGGACAUGAUUUGGAAAGACAAACAGCUGCCAAUGCAUAUCAAAAUAAAAGUCACAUCUCACCCCUCAAAAAAUGCAUACAAUUUGCAAAAAUAAUUCACCAAACUGUACGAGAUGUGAAACAGAAGAAGGAACAUUUAAGCAUCUGUUUUGGCGAUAUGGACUGGAAAAUAGUUGAUUUAUUCUCUCACUAAAUCAGUAAUAGAAAUAGAAUUUGAUUUAAACCCCUUGCCUUUACUUACUUAAUGAUAUGCCCAAUU